CUAACCGGGCAGGAAGAGCAGGUCUGCGCUGCUGAUGGUCUGCUGUGGAAAACCACGACAAAACACGAGCAUUUAAAGAGGAACGAGUGAGAGCUGUCAAAAGCACCUGAUGCUGCAGCCUGAUCCGGUCACCUGGGACUGAACACACACAAAAACACACACAUGGCUGCGAACACACCUUCAGACCAGCCCGUCCUCACAGAGCAGCAGGAGUUGCAGAGAAGAGCCAAUCAGGUCACAGAUGAGUCACUGGAGAGCACACGGCGGAUGGUUCAGUUCGUUGAGGAGAGUAAAGAUGUUGGGAUCAGAACUGUGGUGAUGUUGGAUGAGCAAGGAGAGCAGUUGGAGCGUAUUGAGGAGGGCAUGGACUCCAUCAACAGGGACAUGAGAGAGGCAGAGAAGAAUCUGACAGACAUGGCCCAGUGCUGUGGUUUGUGUAUCUGGCCACUCAGGAAACUGAAGGCUUUUGAGGAGAGUGGGGCAUACAAGGCAGUUUGGGGCGGAGCCUCCAGUCAGGAUGGCGUUGUAUCCAAUCAGCCGCCAUCGUCUCGAGUUGUGGAUGAGAGAGAGCAGAUGAUCAUGAGCGGAGGAUACAUACGAAGGGUGACUAAUGAUGCCCGAGAGGACGAGAUGGAGGAGAACCUGACUCAUGUGGGCAGCAUCAUUGGAAAUCUGAAGAGCAUGGCCCUGGACAUCGGCAAUGAGCUCGAAACACAGAACGACCAGAUCAUCCGCAUACAGGGAAAGGCUAAUCUCAACGUAAACCGCAUCAGCACUGCCAACCAGAAGGCUAACAACCUCAUGAAACGAUAGGAGAGCUCUUCCAGCCCUUUUCUACUUAUCUGUGCUUGUGCGUGCUGUGCCAGUGUGCUGACGCUGUUAUUUAAGCCUCGCAUUUCUCACUUUUGACCAUGAAAUAUCCUAUAAAAAACUCUUCUAGGGGCCAUAAGUCCAUUAUUCUUAGUAUUGGGUUUAAAGUGGAGUUCUUUAUUUCUUAACCUGUGUUUGAACACUCCUGUUUGCUCACAAAAUAUCCUCAUAGGAAGUCGUAGUUUUGUUGACUUGUAUAAAAUGUGACCUAUGAUUAAAAAUCUGUUUUUUUUUUUUGUUUUUUUUAUGGAAAUUUCUCUGCGAUCAACAUUUUACACUCUGUGUUACCCCUCAGAGUGGCCCCUCUUAGCCCAUGGGAACCUGUAAUGGUCCCUGUGGAGAAAGUGGGUCACUGCAGCAACCCCAUCACCACCAGCAGCAGCAGCAUAGAGCACAAUCACACAAAUAUGUCAAUUUGUGUGAAGAGCGGCUCUCCCUGGGCUGAGGCAUUGUGAAUCUUGAGCCCAUAAGUCGCCUUUUCCAUCUCCCGGACAGAAAGGGUAAUAACGGCAUCUGUGCAGCACAAUAUCCAGAAAAGCAACCGGUUCAGUCCCAAGUUGUACAUCCCUCCUCUUCCACUUUCUCCAAAUCUUCCACUGUGGAUGAAGCACGUGUGUGACGGCGCCCUCUGUAGGCGCAGGCGGGUAUUGCCCAGAAGAAGGAAACACGUAUUUACCCAGAUAGGAGGAUCUCUGGCGACACCAAGCGGACGACCGCGGAACAUACACGCUUCCUGGCCUCCCAUCUUCCUGCUUUCUCCAUGCCGACAUAAAAUGGUGGUGAAACGCAAUGACGAUGAGUUGGUGGUGUUUUUAUGAUCCCACCACUCAGUUGUUCUCAUCAAGGAGUUGCUGACAAUGCCAAAAGUCACUGUAACAGCAUUUGUUGGAGAUUAUUUGUAAUGAGUGCUUUUUGUGUUUGUAAGAUUAGCUAAUUAGGAAAAUAUUUUAAGUGAACCUGUACUGCAGUUUAAUUGGCCGCUAAGUUUGAACGUCAUCCACUGUGUUCAUUGAGUCAUUUUGGAAUUUAGAAGCUGUUAUUAGUUUAAUGGGGUGCUGGUGAGCAAUAUAGUAGAAAUAACAGCAGCACAGAUGAUGCUGACCUUUGUUGACCUAAAAAGGGCCUUCAUGUGCGCAGCUACAAGGUAACUACUACAACUAAGGAUCACUUAUGUGUGUUUGCUUUGAUAAAAUGUUAUAAUAUGAA